GGCGGAUAGAAUUGGUCUGCAGCUGUGGGAGCCAUUGCAGCAUGGUCCUUCGGAAAUUGCUGCUGGUGUCGCUCCUAGCAGUGGUGAGCGGCAGGCUGACCAACACGGACACGGCCUGCGUGCGCCUGUGCCAACUCAAGCAGCACGAGUGCCCGUCGCCCUGUGCCCCGUGCCCCAACGCGUCCUGCCCCGUCCCGGUGUGUCCUCCACAGCCGCCCUCACGCUGCCCUCCCUUGCCGGAGAUCCCCACCUGCCCCACGCCGGUCAUCAACCUCACCUGCCCCACCUGUCCCGCCUGCCCUCCUGCUCCCAAAUGCGCCACGCCGGACCAGUCCAUCCCUCGGGGCUACAGAACGAUACCGGGUCUCGGAAGUUACAAGUUCUUUUACGAGAAGCGGACGUGGACGGACGCGCACAUUAUUUGCUCAAGUGAUGGAGGCCAUUUGGCUAUUCCUAACACAAAGGUCAAACGAUGGACUCAGUACAGAAUUCUUUCUGGAAAGAUGGAUCAGCUGAUAUCUCCAGAAAGUGUGUGUACUUAGGCAUUGGAUCUAAGGCAACAUUUACCGAACAAUGCUCUGAUAAUGAAUAUUUCAUUUGUGAAAUAUAGUAGUUCAUCCAUUCAGUGAUAUUACAAGACAAUACGUCGCUAAUUUUGAGAUAUUUAACAUUUUACAGUGAUCGUCA